UCUUGCACACACAUCAAUCGAUCACAAGUUCACCACACACAACCAGAGCUCCAUCCAUCACCUCGAGUCGUCCACGGCCAUGGCGCAAGGACAAGCAGCACGGGCCACGAGGGAGGCCGUGCCUCCGGUGUCCCGUGUGGCCAUCAUCGGCAGCGGGAUCAGCGGGCUCGCGGCCGCCAAGCAGAUGGCGGCCUACGACCCCGUGGUGUUCGAGGCGACGCCGUCCGUGGGCGGGGUGUGGAAGCACUGCGUGUACCGCACCACGCGGCUCCAGACGCCACGCGCGAACUACGAGUUCUCCGACUACUCAUGGCGCAACCGUGACGACCCGGCGUUCCCGACCCACACCGAGGUCGUCGACUACCUCGAGGGCUACGCCGACGAGUUCGAUCUCUGGCGCUACAUCUCGUUCGGGUCCAAGGUGGUGGACAUCAAGUUCCUCGGCGGCGCCGAGGCCGGGUUCACCGAGCUGUGGAGCGGCACCGGCAAGAAUCCUCUCCGUGGCAAGCCCAUGUGGGAGGUCGGCAUCGUCACCGGCGACUCCAACACCGUUCAGUAUUACAAGUUCGAGUUCGUGGUGAUGUGCACGGGGAAGUACGGCGACGUGCGGCGGAUGCCGGUGUUCCCGCCGGGGAAGGGGCCGGAGGUGUUCAAGGGGACGGUGAUGCACUCGCUGGAGUACUGCAAGCUGAGCAAGGAGGAGACCGUUGAGCUGAUGAGAGGAAAGAAGGCUGUGGUGGUUGGGUACAAGAAGAGCGCUAUCGAUCUAGCCAACGAAUGUGUUCAGGCAAACCAAGGCGACGGCGGCCAGGCGUGCACGAUGCUGGUGCGGACCCUGCAUUGGAUGGUGCCGUCAUACUCCAUCUGGGGCUUGCCAUUCUUCCUGUUUUACUCGACACGCUUCUCCCAACUCUUCUACGAGCGGCCCAACCAGGGCUUCUUCAGAUCCCUCCUCUGCCGCCUCAUGAGCCCACUGCGGGCAGGGGUGUCGAAGUUCAUCGAGUCAUACCUGUCAUGGAAGCUGCCGCUGGGAAAGUACGGUCUGACGCCGGACCACCCCUUCGUCGAGGACUACGCCAGCUGCCAACUGGCCUUCCUCCCGGAGGGCUUCUUCGACAUGGCGGACCGCGGCCUGGUGCGCUUCAAGAGGGCCCCCGACGGGUGGUGGCUCUCGGAGAACGGCGUCGUCCUCGAAGACGGCACGGAGGUGGAGGCCGACCUCGUCUUCCUCGCCACCGGCUUCGAGGGCACGGACAAGCUCCGGGAGGUCCUCCCCAAGCCCUUCCGCGGCCUCCUCGUCAACAAGUCCUCCAUGAUACCGCUCUACCACGGCACGAUCCACCCGCUGAUCCCGAACAUGGCGUUCGUGGGGUUCGUGGAGAGCGCGUCGAACCUGCGCACAUCCGAGCUGCGAUGCCGAUGGCUGGCGGGGCUGCUGGAGGGACGGUUCGAGCUGCCGACGGUGAAGGCCAUGAUGGGGCACGUCGCCGGCGAGGCCGACGCCAUGCGCCGCACCACGCGGUUCUACCGCCGCCACUGCAUCUCCACCUACAGCAUCCACGACGGCGACGGCAUGUGCGCUGACCUGAGCUCCGCCACGCACCGCAAGGCCAACUGGAUCGCCGAGCUCUUCGCGCCAAACAACAAGCGGGACUACUAGGAACAAUAACUACAUUUACUCGACCGCAUCAACAGACGAGCGGUCGACCGCAUCUAUAGCUAAUAAUAUCGCUAAUAAGAAUUUCUAUAGACGUACUCUACUUAAUAUGCUGAACUACUGCACUUAUUUCGACCUCCGUGCUGCGGGUGGGAUGGGGGUGUGGAGCCUGACCAGGAGAAAUCCAUGGCCGGCCAUGGCUGGCCGCGUCGGCAGCGUGCUCAGCCUCCCUCCACCCACCAUCAUCUAGCCUCCCGGGUGAAAGCCCUACCCUUGGUGGGCGGCGGCGGUGCUCUUGGUGCCGUUCUUCUUUUUAAAGGCGCCGUCUUUGAGAGUUGUUUGGUUGGUGAGCGUUGUUGAGGUGCGUUUGGUGGCGGCCAUGGUGUGUCCUCUUUGUCCAAGCAUGAUGCUAUCCCUCUUCUGCGGCCGAGCCGUGGGCAAUUCUGCUUGAGGGAAGCUUUGGCGGCUCGUCGGCUGUGCGUGGAUCCUCUCUAUGUGGCCAUCUUCCGGCUGCAACCAUUGUUGUUCUAGGUGAAACAUCUCCAUCUUUCGACAGUGCGGCGCUUAUCGAGCUAGGCGAGGCCACGAGGAGGUUGUGUCUUCCGUGCCGAGUUUCGUAGUUGUUUGGUGAUCACAUUCCCUGUUGAUGUCGGCCAUCCCUUCUCCUCUGUGCCAGCAUGGUCCUAGUUCCCUGGUGCUUCGUUCUUGGAGGAGAGCCUCGAUGUCUUCAGCUACGUGCUUCUCUGAUUUAUCCUUCUAGUUUGUAGCGUUUGAGAUUAUAUUAGCUGAUUUCUAAUGCAUAUGUAUCUUACCGGGUUGUAUUUCCUU